CUGCCCCGGAAGUAGUUGCCCCAUAUCCCGCCCCAACAUGGCGGUGCCCAGCUCGUCGGUUCAGCACCUGCUUUUGCUCAGCCUCUGAUCUUAGCCUUGGCGGGUUCGGCCGGACCAUGGAGGCGCCGGAUUUCACGGCCUCGCUAGUGGCUGGAGGGGUAGCAGGUGUCUCCGUUGACUUGAUAUUAUUUCCUUUGGAUACGAUUAAGACAAGGCUGCAGAGCCCCCAAGGAUUUAGCAAGGCUGGAGGUUUUCGUGGAAUAUAUGCUGGUGUCCCUUCUACAGCUAUUGGAUCCUUUCCCAAUGCUGCUGCAUUUUUUCUCACCUACGAAUAUGUGAAAUAUUUGCUGCAUACUGACUCAGCUUCGCACUUUAGGCCCUUGAAGCACAUGCUGGCUGCCUCCGCGGGAGAAGUGGUUGCCUGCUUGAUUCGAGUUCCUUCUGAAGUGGUUAAGCAGAGGGCGCAGGUGUCUGCUUCUUCCAAGACCUUGCAGAUUUUUUACACUAUCUUAAGUGAAGAGGGCAUCCAAGGACUGUACCGAGGCUACAAAAGCACAGUUUUAAGAGAGGUAACCCAAUUGCUACUUCUACAGUCCCAAACAAUUGACAGGCUUUGGUUGAUUCCUUUCUCCUUGGUCCAGUUUCCCUUGUGGGAAUCCCUGAAAGCCCUCUGGUCGUGGCGGCAGGGUCACGUGGUGGAUUCUUGGCAGUCAGCAGUCUGUGGAGCUUUCGCAGGCGGUUUUGCAGCUGUCGUUACUACACCUCUGGACGUGGCUAAGACAAGGAUCAUGCUGGCAAAGGCCGGCUCCAGCACUGCUGUCGGGAACGUGCUCUCAGCCAUGCACGGGGUGUGGCGCUCCCAAGGACUAGCCGGGUUAUUUGCAGGUGUCUUCCCACGAAUGGCAGCAAUCAGCAUGGGAGGCUUUAUCUUUCUGGGUGCUUAUGACCAGACCCGAAGCUUACUGCUACAAGUCGGCAGGAAGAGUCCGUGAGGCAGACACCUCAUGCCCUUGGAGAAGUAGACUGCUAUGCAGUCCCCAUCUUGUGGAACUAGCUCAGCCAACCAAGCAGCAAAGUGUGGCACCUUGAAGAAGGCUGAGAGAGCAGUGUUGAGUGCAGGCCAAGGCACAGGCUGCCCCCAGAAAACUAUCCUUCGUGGGACUCAAGGCCAACAUCUCAGUCCUCUCAAUAAACUCUUGGUAAGGCUGAGGCCAGGCCCUUCCAA